AGCCUCUAUCCCCUUCCUUGUUCUUCUCUUUGUGGCGCUCUCCCCUCCUCCGCCCUCUCUCUAAUCUUAUCCCCUAAAAACCCAAUCCAAAGCCACACUCCAAAUCUCAAACCCUACCUCCUCUCAAAACCCUAAACCCCCAACAGCCCUAAAAAUCUCAACUCUCUUCACUUCGCUAUCCCCAAUUCCCAGUUUUUAAUAACCAUGGAUUCCGAAUCCGUGGUGGCCUCCGCCUCAGUCCCUCAAUCCAAAGAGAACGGAAACGGCGAUCCUUUAUCCCAUUCGGAGACGCCGGCGGUGGUCUACGAUGAUCGUGGGACGGCGUCGGAGUCGGAGGACUCGAAUGAGGAAAUUUCCAUGCCGGCGGUUGAGAAUGGUGGAAACCGUAAAUUGGGUUUGAGCGAAAUCCCUAAUCUUGUUGGGGUUAAAGAUGAGAGAGUUGAGGGGGUUGAGGUUUGGAGUGGUGGGUCAAAUCUUGAAGAGGAGGGAGAGUCGAAGACUGACGGUUCUGUGAAUGGAGUUGAGGGGAAUGGUUUGGGUUUUGCUGAAAAUGAGAAGAACGGCAAGAAUUCGGUGAGCGAUACAAAUUCGAAGCCUGUCGUGGUUGAGGUUGGAACAGAGAAUAAUUUGGCUGUGGACGAUACGAAAUCAAAGCCGGUUGAGGUUGAGGUUGAGGCUGCAAUGGAGGAGAAUUCCUUGGUGGACGAGGUUGAGGCUGAAGAUGGAACAGUGAAGAAUUGGGAGCCCUCUGCUGCAAAUGAGGCCUUCGAUGCAAAUGGAGAAUCUGAAGCAAUAGCCGCAACAGCUCCUCUUCUUGAAGAGAAGAAGGGGGCAGACUUGAAGCCCAAGAUGGAGGAAGUAGGUUCCCUUCAAGAAUCACAGGAGGAAACUGAUUCCAGACCUGCUGCUGAGCCAGAGAAAGAGUUUGAUCUUCACAUUGUUGGUUCUAAUCAAAAUCUUGAAGAAGCAGUGGAAACUUUGAAGCCCGUGGGAGUUGAAACCAAUGCUGUAGAUACGUCCAUCGUGGAGCUUAAGUCUGCAGAAAAGGAGGAACUAGAUGAUGCUGUGUCGGAGAAAGAUAAGGAGGUUAUUGGCAAAGGGGAAAUGACUUCUUCUUUGGCCCAGAUUGUUGACGGGUUAGUGGAGUCUGAGGAUGCGGGAACAGAAACUAAUACUGUUAUGGCCAAAGAGAAUGGAGUCGCCAGUAUUCCUGUUGACGCUGCCAUCGAGUCAAAGGCUGAGGAGGAGGAGACCACGGAUGUGGAGGCUGAGAAGAACAAAACUGUUGAUGGCACCGGUGCAGAAAGAAGCCUUGACCUGAACACCGAGGUGGAAAAGGGUGUGUUUACUUCACAUCAAGUUUUGACUGAUCUAGAAGCAAAACCCCGUGAUGGUGGUGGGGAUGCAGACCUGCGUCAGGAUGUGGAACCUCCACCUGCCCCCGCAGAAGAUUCUAAAAGCAAGGAGACAGAAAUACAGUCUUUAGAAAAUUCAAGUGUAACGGAAAGUGGGUCUGCCUGUGAAAUCUCUGCUGGAAGCACUUUGCCUGUUUACGUUGUUCAUGGUGAGAAGGUAGAGCCUGAAUCUGAUGGUCCUCACGUAGCUGAUGAUGAUGAAAACCUUGUUCAAGCGGGAGAGGAAGUGGAGGAUGACAAUGUUUCUGACGAGCAACCUAGGGUUGCAAUAUUGGAUAGCUCUGAAACUGCAAAGCAACUUAUAAAAGAAAUGGAAGGAGGUUCUUCAAGCACCAGUUUUGAUAGCUAUAAUAGUUACCGGCAUCAAAUGGAAGGGCAGAUUGUUUCGGAUUCUGAUGAAGACGCAGACACUGAUGAGGAGGGUGAUGAGAAAGAGCUAUUUGACUCUGCUGCAUUGGCUGCUUUGUUGAAGGCAGCAACUAGUGGUUCUUCAGAAGGAAAUUUUACUGUAACUUCUCAAGAUGGCAGUCAAGUUUUCUCCAUGGACCGACCUGCUGGGUUGGGUUCCUCUGCCUCAGCUUUGCGGCCAGCUUCUGGACGGUCUGGUCGUCCUCCACUUUUCAGUCCCUCAGAGCUAGUGGUAACUGCAGAACCUGAGAACAAAAUGAGUGAAGAAGAGAGAAAACUACAUGAAAAGGUUGAGGACAUUAGAGUGAAGUUUCUUCGACUCAUUAUGAGGUUGGGUCACACUGCUGAAGACACUAUUGCUGCUCAGGUUCUCUACCGUCUAAAUCUUGCUGAAGGGAUAAGAAGAGGGAGACAAAUGGGUCGGUCUUUUAGCACGGAGGCUGCUAAGAGAAAGGCCAUGCGAAUCGAAGAGGAGGGUGAGGAGGAUUUGAAGUUCUAUUGUAACAUUCUAGUCCUUGGGAAGACCGGGGUGGGCAAGAGUGCAACCAUAAAUUCAAUUUUCGGUGAAGAAAAGUCUCAUACAAAUGCUUUUCAACCAGCAACAACUUCAGUAAGAGAGAUUUCUGGUGUUGUGGAUGGGGUUAAACUUCGAGUUAUAGACACCCCUGGUCUUAGAUCCUCAGCUAUGGAACAAGCAACAAAUAGAAGAAUUUUAUCGUCCAUAAAGAAGUAUACUAAGAAAUGCCCUCCAGAUAUCGUUCUCUAUGUGGAUAGGCUUGAUACCCAGACUCGAGAUUCCAAUGAUUUGCCUCUGUUGAGGUCCAUUACUAGUGCAUUGGGUUCUUCUAUUUGGUUGAAUGCCAUAGUUGCUCUCACCCAUGCUGCUUCUGCUCCACCAGAAGGGCCCAGUGGUUCUCCUUUGAGCUACGAGGUGUCCAUAGCUCAGAGAUCUCAUGUUGUUCAACAUUCCAUUCGGCAAACGGCUGGAGACAUGAGGCUGAUGAACCCCGUGGCUUUAGCUGAGAACCAUCCUGCUUGUAGGAGGAACAGAGAAGGACAGAGGGUGCUGCCCAAUGGUCAAAGCUGGAGGCCUCAGUUGCUGCUAUUGUGCUAUUCAUCUAAGAUUCUCACUGAGGCUAAUUCCCUUUUGAAACUUCAAGAUCCUAGCCCUGGAAAGCUCUUUGGAUUCCGUCUCCGCUCCCCACCCCUCCCUUAUUUGUUGUCGACCCUACUGCAAUCCAGAACCCAUCCAAAGCUUUCCAGUGACCAGGGCGGCGACCAUGGAGAUUCUGACGUAGACCUAGAUGAUUUUUCUGAUGCAGAAGAUGAAGAGGAGGAUGAGUAUGAUCAGCUUCCUCCCUUUAAGCCUCUUAAGAAAUCUCAGCUUGCCAAACUUACCAAGGAGCAAAAAGGAGCCUACUUUGAUGAGUAUGAUUAUCGAGUUAAACUUCUUCAGAAGAAACAGUUAAAGGAAGAGAUUAGGAGGUUGAAGGAGAUGAAGAAGAGAGAGAAAAGCGGCAGGGAAGAGUCACCCUAUGGGGACAUGGGCGAGGAUUUUGAUCAGGAUGGUGCACCAGCAGCAGUUCCGGUUCCAUUACCUGAUAUGGUGUUGCCGCCUUCUUUUGACUGUGAUUUUCCUACCUAUCGAUACCGUCUCUUGGAGCCAAAUUCACAGCUUCUCACGAGGCCAGUAUUGGAUACACACGGCUGGGACCAUGAUUGUGGCUAUGAUGGUGUUAGCCUCGAGGAGACCCUUGCUAUCGCCAACCGGUUUCCGGCAGCAGUAGCUGUUCAGAUCACCAAAGACAAGAAGAAUUUCAACAUUCAUUUGGAUUCCUCUGUUUCAGCCAAGCAUGGGGAGAAUGGUUCUUCUCUUGCUGGCUUUGACAUCCAGUCUGUUGGCAAGCAGCUUGCUUACAUUCUCCGUGGCGAGACCAAGUUCAAGAACAUGAAGAAAAACAAAACGACCGCUGGAAUAUCCAUGACUUUCCUAGGUGAGACCAUGGCAGCUGGAUUGAAGGUCGAGGACCAGCUUAUGAUCGGAAGGAGGGUAGCUCUGGUGGCUAGCACAGGUACAAUCCGAGCCCAAGGUGAUGUGGCAUAUGGAGCCAAUUUGGAGGCUCGUCUUAGAGAGAAGGAUUAUCCCAUUGGCCGAGCACUUUCCACAUUGGGGCUCUCGCUGAUGAAGUGGCGUGGUGACUUGGCUUUGGGGGCUAAUUUGCAAUCUCAGGUGAACAUUGGAAGGAACUCAAAUGUUGCAGUUCGUGUUAGCCUGAACAACAAGCGCAGUGGGCAGAUCACAAUUAGGACAAGCACCUCAGAUCAUCUUCAGCUUGCGCUUGUUGGGAUUGUUCCUGUCGCUCUCUCUGUCUUCAGGAGUAUCUGUGGUGGUGAGUCAGACUUGGCUCACUAGAUUUACUUCCCUUGCUGCCAUUGAUUAGACUGUGAAAGGAUGACGAAUCUAGACUUUCUUCAAGUCGAGCAUGGUCUUAGUUUUGAUCUCUUUAUUAUAUUACAAAUAAUGUACUCCUAGUUUUGAUUUUGAACUCCAUUUCAGUAGUUAAAUUUGUUCGGUUGACAAUGUUCUAGAUCUAUGAAAGUUUUGGCGCGUAAAGUGGGCAAAUAGUCAUAAACAUAUUUAUCGAUUUUUUAUUUA